GCGGGGCGCAGCGCGGGACGAUGCGGACGAGGAUGAGCUGGGGGCAGCGAGCGGAGCGGGGCCGGGGGGAGCCGGGACCACCCAGGAAGGCAUCGAGGAGAAAGUGUGUCCUCGCCGACCACCACACCUGAGAGCAGCCCGCGCCGGGCCCGAGGUGACGAUGGCGGCCGAAGGGUUGUGGGGGCCGGGCGGCCCCCCCGGCUGGGAGCUGGACGGGUGGUACCAGGAUCUGCAGGAGGUGCUGGCGGCGGAGCCCCCCGGGACCGCCCCCGCCUGGGGGGCCGAGCAGGUGGAGCCGGGCCCGGGGAGCUGCGGGCUGGACCUGGCCCUGGCCGAGGAGCUGCUGCAGCUGCUGGGGCCGGAGGGAGCGGCUCCGGCGGAACUCCCGGCCGCGACCCCCGGCGGGAGCGGCCCGGUCCGGCCGGGCCCCGCCGAGGAGGCGGAAGAGGAGAAGGCGCGGGGGGCGCGGAGUAGGCGGCGCGGCGGCGGCGCCGGGGCUCCGCGGCAGCGGGACGGGGAGCGGCGGGUGCGGGAGCUGACGGCGCACAACGAGCGGCUCCGCGCCGAAAUCCAGCGGCUGAGCACCGAGGUGCAGCGCACCCGGGCCGCGCUCAUCGACCGCAUCGUCAACCUGCGCCAGGUGUAGCGGCUGCCCCGGGCGGGGCCGAGACACGGACCGGGCACAGCGACAGCGCCGCCCCACAGCGGGACAAGGACUCUGCUGCCCCACGGACUGCGGGGACAGCCCCAUGGACAGAUGGACACUGCGGACAGACAAGUGGAUGCCGCUGCUCCACGCCGUUGUACAGCUCUUGUUGUUUAUUACACACAUCCAACCACAA